AACCUUUUAGGGAAAGAUAGGCGCAAAACUAUAACUAGAAGAGAGUGGGGAAUUUUGGAGGGGAGGGAUGGAGAUCGUCAAGCUCGCUUGGCGCAAGUACCUUACUUCCUUGCAGAAGAAUCCUUUGCCCACCAAGGCGCUCACGGCCGGGACGCUGGCUGGAUGCAGUGAUCUCGUCGCGCAGAAGCUCAUGGGGGUCAAGAAGCUCCAGCUGAGGCGCGCCCUUCUCAUUGCGCUCUAUGGCUUGUUGUAUGGGGGUCCAUUUGGACACUUUUUCCACAAGCUCAUGGACUACGUCUUCGCUGGUAAACGCGACCAAAAGACGGUCACUAAGAAGGUUAUUGUCGAGCAGCUCACAUCGGGGCCUUGGAACAAUUUUGUUUUCAUGGUGUACCUCACUUCCGUGAUCGAAGGAAAGUCAUGGUCGUUUGUCAAGAGAAAACUUCGCAAUGACUAUCCUUCUGUGCAACUAAAUGCUUGGAGGGUGUGGCCGCUUGUUGGCUGGAUCAAUUACACGUACAUGCCGAUCCAAUUCCGAGUCCUCUUCCACAACUUGGCUGCUGUCUGCUGGGGCGUAUUCUUGAUCACGAGAUCCCGCACAACAGCCUUGAAGAGUGCCUGAGAAAGGAUCUACAUUUCGGGUUUAUGGUUUAAGUUAAACCCUCUGAAGAACUAGUUGCACAACUGUUUUUUGUUCAUUAUCCUCAACUCAUAAUAUUGUGCUUUCUCAGGAUAAACAAAAAAUUUCUUGGUGGUCUUUAAGAA